ACGCAAAAUAAAAACAGACGGUUAAAUCGGUGAAAACUGACUAUAUUGUGAAUGAAAUAUUUGAAAAUUAUCGGAGCAAUUAACUAAUUGUCGUAAAUUGGUCUAAUAACAAUAGCCAUUGAAUUGAAUUGAAUUGAAUUAAAGUUGAAACAUUUAAGAUGAGUAAUUCUCCAGAAUCAUUUAAUUAUCCAACUCAUAUUUUAACUUCGAAAACUCCUGAUCAGGCAGCUUUAAUUAUACCUAAUGGUAUUAAUCAAACAUCAAAGCUUGUUAAUGAUAGUGUAUUACGUUGGUUUCAAGAAUAUGAAUCAACUCUUCAGAAUUAUACUCUUGGAUUGAAGGGAUUAAUUGAAAAUGGUUCAACAUUUGUUAGUAAAGAUAAUAAUAAUGUUAAUAAAGAUGGAUUUACAAGAAAUUGGAAUUGUUUACUUACAUCAAUAAAUACAGAAAUUGAAUCAAAUGAAGCAGUUCGUAAAUCUAUUAAACGAGAAAUUAUUGGACCUCUUCGUGAUUUAAUGGAAAAUGAUGUAAGAUUAUCUGAGUUAUUGGUUAAUAGUCAAGAAUUACAAGAAGUUAGACAGGGUUUAGCAGUUGGAGAUUCAAAUGCUGAAAUGCAAUGGAAUUAUAAAGCUCCUCAUAUUUUUGAAAAUUUUGAAAAUUUUAAAAAAUAUGAAAUUCAAUUAUUAUUUGAUUCAAUCUUAAAUUUCUUUCAAGCAAGUCAUGAUAAAUGGUCAAAAAAUCUUGCUAAUAAUGAAAAUUCAACUAAUUAUUUAUUAGGUAGUUUCAAAUUAAAACAUGAAAUGAAUAAUUACUUGAAUUAUGUUACUAAUACUGAAUUUCAACCAGUUACUGAUGGAUUCUUUAAGCAACAAUUAAAACAACAACAAUCUCAAUUAAAUUCAAGAUCUCAACCAGUUGUAGAUCAAAAUAAGAAAUCUAAACAAUCAAAGAAGCGUAAUUCUCAUUUAAAUUUGCAUUUAAAUCAUAAUCAACCACCUCCAGUUUCAAAGGAAGAAUUAGACCAUGAUAAUAAUUCAUUAAUAUCAUCUGGUUCAAAUACUAAACAAAAGAAAGGUUCAAGAUUAAGUAGAGUUGGUUCAAUGUUUAGUAGAAAUAGAAAUAAAAAGGGUUCAAAAUUACAACCAUCUGAUACAAUUCCUGAAAAUGCUUCUAUUUCAACUUCAAGAAAUGAUUUAUCUAAAUCUCAUACAAGAAAUUCUUCAAUUCCACCUUUUGAUGGUCCUUCUUCUUCUUCUCAACCACAUUAUGAUCAUUCACUUCCACCAACUCCUCAACCUCAACAAACUCCAUCUGUUGCUCCUCAAUAUUAUACUAAACCAAAAGCAGUUGAACCUACUACUCCUCAACUUCCUGCUCAUACAAUUGAUAAUGAUGCGACUGAUUCUCCAAAUGUAGUUAAGUAUAAUGAUACUGAUUCUUCUGAUGAUGAAGAUGUUGGUAUUGGAGCUUCUCAUAGGCAAUCCUUAUUAGAAAAGCAUGAUUUGGCUCCAGCUACUGCACCAACAGCUCAAGAAGAAUUACCAACUAAUCUUGCUCCUCCUGCAAUUUCAAGUAAUACUUUUAUUAAUAAUCAUACAAAUGGAACCACUACUUCAUCAGAUGCUUUACUUUCUUUACCUAGAUCAAGACAAAGUAGUUCUGGUAAAUAUAGUUUUGAAGUUGGUGAUGAUCAAAAACCAAUUGCUGCAACACCAAGAACUGAACAAUCAAAUGUAUUUGAAGAUCUUCCUGAAAGAGAUUCUUCAAAACCUGAUUCAUCAUCCAGUGUUUAUAAUAAUUCAAUUGUUAAUAACAAUACAUCUACUUCAAUUUCAACAGGUCCAGGAAUUGCUAUUGGAGCUACUGCAGCCGCAGCAGCCGCCGGAGCAACCAUUCUUGGUUUAAGUAGUCAUGAUUCUCAAUCACAGCUUACACAACCUUCUCAGCUUCCAUCACAAAAGAGUCUUCCAAUUCCUCCAACUCCUCCUCCAUCUAGAAAAGUUGCCCAUCAUCUAACAGAUGAUUUAUCAUCUCAACAACCAAUUCAAUCAUCGCAACAAGCUAGAAGAAUUACGUCUCAAAUGUUUGCCAAUGCUCCAGCUGCAAGAGAAUCUGUUAUUCAAUCUCAUCCAACUGGUGCUUCUACAUUGAUCAGUCAAGAUACAGGUUUAUCAUUAUCUUCUAAACAUAAUGAUAUAUUUAAACAUUUUGAUUCAUCAAAGGUUGAAGAAUCAUAUGGAUUAAAUUCUUCUGUAGCAGAAGUUAUAAAUGCUAAUUUCAAAGAUGGUAAUUUAGUUAAAUCUCAAAUUAUUGGUGAAGUUGCCUUUACUUAUAAACCUCAUGAAUCAGAAUCAACCAUUCCAGUUGAUCCAAUUCUUGUAAACAUUCCAAAUUCAUAUGAUAAAUUGAUAUUAAACAAUACAUUUGUGGAAAAAUUAAAUAAUGAUUCAUUUAAAAUAAAUCCAUCAUUUAUUAUAUCUAAAACUUUAGGAGGAUUUAAAUAUUUAAAGGCAGUUGAAGAAUCUCAAAUUCCUAUUUUAAUUCAACAAGUAUGGAAAUUUGAAAAUCAUCAAGCUAGUCUUAUGAUAAAUCUUAAAUUAAAUCCUACUUAUUCAACUCCAAUUGUAUUAAGAAAUUUUGUUGUAUCUGUUGCUUUAAAUAGUGAUGUUCAAGUAUCAAGUGCGUUAUCAAAACCUCAAGGUGCUUUCAAUAGAGAUAAAAAUAGAAUAACUUGGAGAUAUGAUCAUCCAUUAACUUUUAGUGGAUCCGAUGAAAGAUUAAUUGCUAGAUUUGUAACUAAUGGAAUAGGUUCUGAGCAUGAAUCUGGAGUUCAAGUUAAAUUUGAGAUUGAAGAUAGUCCAACUAAAUUAACUACUAUAUAUAACUCCGAUAAUUCUCAAGAAAUUCCGGUGGUUAGAAAUUUGGUUAGUGGAAAUUAUAGUGGACACUCUUAAAUGAUUAAUUCAUUAUAUAACAUUUGUAUUUGUAUUAUUUUUUAUUUCAAUUGUAUGAAGGUAAAUAGAUUUUUCUAUUACCUU